AGGCGGCGGGCGGCCAUGGCGGCAGCGGAGGCCGGCGGCGACGACGGCCGCUGCGUGCGGCUGAGCGCCGAGCGGGCCCAGGCGCUGCUGGCCGACGUGGACACUCUGCUGUUCGACUGCGACGGCGUGCUGUGGCGCGGCGAGACGGCCGUGCCCGGCGCGCCCGAGGCCCUGACGGCGCUGCGGGCCCGCGGCAAGCGCCUCGGCUUCAUCACCAACAACAGCAGCAAGACCCGCCAGGCCUACGCCGAGAAGCUGCGGCGCCUGGGCUUCGGAGGCCCGGCGGGGCCCGGUGCUGGCGCCGAGGUCUUCGGCACGGCCUACUGCACCGCGCUCUACCUGCGCCAGCGCCUGGCCGGCGCGCCGGCCCCCAAGGCCUACGUGCUGGGCGGCGAGGCCCUGGCGGCCGAGCUGGAGGCCGUGGGCGUCGCCUGCGUGGGCGUGGGGCCCGAGCCGCUGCAGGGCGAAGGCCCCCGCUCCUGGCUGGACGCGCCGCUGGAGCCCGAUGUGCGCGCGGUGGUGGUGGGCUUCGACCCGCACUUCAGCUACAUGAAGCUCAUCAAGGCCGUGCGCUACCUGCAGCAGCCCGGCUGCCUGCUCGUGGGCACCAACAUGGACAACCGGCUCCCGCUCGAGAACGGCCGCUUCAUUGCGGGUACCGGCUGUCUGGUCCGAGCCGUGGAGAUGGCCGCCCAGCGCCAGGCAGACAUCAUAGGGAAGCCCAGCCGCUUCAUCUUCGACUGCGUGUCCCAGGAGUACGGCAUCAACCCGGAGCGCACCGUCAUGGUGGGAGAUCGCCUGGAUACGGACAUCCUCCUGGGAGUCACCUGUGGCCUGAGGACCAUCCUGACCCUCACCGGAGUCUCCACUCUAAGGGAUGUGAAAAGUAAUCAGGAAAGUGACUGCAUGUCUAAGAAGAAAAUGGUCCCUGACUUCUAUGUUGACAGUAUAGCCGACCUUUUACCCGCACUUCAAGGUUAAAGAUUUAGUGUCUUUAAUCUCUGGAAUAAAAAAAAUUUAAAAAUCACUUACCCAAAUUAAUAGGUGAGGCUUAACCAUCCGUUCAGCUAGGUGGCUUCAAAGAGUAGACUUGGAGUUAAGCAAAGGCACUAGUUGUUAACCUUGUUUGUGAACGUGUAGGGGGCCAUUUUGUUUACAGAUGCUUAUAUUUUAAGAUACUCUUUUAAGCUUGGAGGGCACUGUGGCGGUCCUGGGCUUUGGGUGCCUUUGGCAAUGGCUGGCUUAGCAUCUGUCCAGGAUUCAGAACCUCAGGGCCUGUUGAUGGGACUGAGGUGAGUCUAGGGGUGUCACGUACUUUAUUGAAAAUUUCAUUCAGGGAUCAAGCCCCCUUGCAGGGCAAAGGGGAGGAGAGGCUGAUUAUUUUGACUCUUGUGAGAAACUUGUACAGACCGGUGGUCACAGGGCCCCAGGGGUGUGGUCGUCAGCAGAGGAGCCUGCUGCAUCCCAGCUCCUCGCCUGCAGGGUGGGAGUGGAGAAAAGGGCUGCUCCCAGGUGGUGGGUGUCUCCCUGUCCUUGGGGUGUGGCGUGCUGCCCUUACCACCACCACCCCACACUUCCUUAAAAACCACUUUAAUGUCACAACUGAGUGUUCCGUUUCAGAUACCCGGGGCUGCCACUCCUCACACAUGGUUGCGCAGUUCUGUAAGCUCAGCCCAGCUAAACCUUGGCUUUCUCAAAUGUGCAUUUAAACCCAGGUGACUGGGACUGAGCAUGUUGUUGGCUGAGUGGCCAAGGGCAUGGAUGCCUUUGCUGAAUUCUGUGCAGGGAGCUCAGAGCAGCAUUGGUACCAAAAAUUAUUAUUUUUUAACUUUUGAACAAUUUUGUCAAGCAGUGGAAUUGUAUCUUAAGCGUGUUGAUUAAUAGCUGUGCUCUGUCUCAUAGGGAAAAUCCCACUGAAGGAAUCGCUGUGCCCUGCCGCCAGCAGCAUAGCUAAAGGCAUGUGCUAGCCAAGGAAUGCCUGUCGCCCAGGGUGCCCUCUGGGUGGAGGAGGAAAGAGGUGUCCCCAAGAACAGGAAGUCCUUUUACAAAGCAUCCAGUCUGUUCUUGUCCUCCCGUACCCUUGUUUGGGUUGGCGGUUAGACGUCAGUGGUGCGUGAGGCCACCUGUCUUGGCGCUGGAGUCCCUUGUCAGUGGCCGGCGGGAGGACUGGCAGGAUCCACCGGCUAGCCAAGGGUUCUUGGCAGGGGACCCUGGCCUUUUCUGCCUGUUCCCUAAGUUGCUGACCUUUGGAAAGUGGCCUGAUAAGCAGACUUUCCGGCCACAGUGGUAGGGUGGGGCCUGGGAAGCUGUUCCUUUUGGCCGACUCCUUCCCAGUGCCUCGCCCUGCACCCAGUGGCAUCUGCCCGCAGCCUGUGGCUUCUCUCCUCACCCCAGGGUCACAGCACGCCUUCACUCGUUCUCUAAGAGUUCUUAGAGCAAUAAAGGGUGUCCGGAGCCUUCAGCUCCUCCCAGGCCUGGGGUGUCUGGGGUUUGGACUCUGCCGUCGGGCAGUGCAAGGGCAGCCGGCGCCUGUGAGGUUGGUGGUGCUGACGUUGGCUCUGCGAGGUCGGCUCAAGGUGGGUCUGGAUAUUGAGCAGGCCUGUCAGGGCGUUGUCACCCACACCAGGAGCACGCAGCAGGUGCAGCAGCCAGUGACACCUCCCUUCUGCUGGGCAGUGGCCCAGGAGCCUGUGUGCACCCUAUCUCUGUCCCUGUUGCACUGUAUGAACCCAAAGGCAUAUUAAACUCAAACCUGUGCUGA